UGCGCGUGCCCAGAAGACUCGGCUCCCCUUUGACUGGCAGCUCCUGCCGCUCGCCCGGGCAGCGCGAGCUUCGCUCCCCUUUGCCCGGGGCUGGCUGUCAUGCCCGCUGCGCGCCGCCCCACGUGAAUAGGGGAGCCCCCCAUGCCGGCGCUGCCCAGCCCGCUCCCCUCCACCCCGGGCAGCUCCUCCGGGGCUCGGCCAGGCUCGACUGGGGAGGCUGCCUCAGACAAAGGGAUCCCGCUUGGCAGCCAGGUGGGCGAAGGAGAACCAGGAGGGGCUGCCCGGCACAGCCGCAGACACCCACCGUGCACGGCCGCGGGCCCCCAGCAGUGAAGGAGGUGGCGGAGGGCCGGGAGAUGGAAAAUGGAUGGAGACGACGGUGGGGGAGAAGCAUUUGUUUGGGUUAACGGGGCAUCAGCUCAUUCCCAGAGCGUCGCCAAGGCCAAAUACGAGUUUUUAUUUGGUGGAGCAGAAAAUGACAACACUUCAGAACCUGGCGGCCAUGGCAAUAGCGUCGUCCCACAGGUCACCAAUGAAUUCCGGGAAUACGGGACCGUGGAAGAAGAUGCCGAAGUUUUGGGAAAGUCCUCUGCAAUUCAUGAAGAGGUUAUAACACAUUCUCCAGUUGGCAAGCCAAGUGGUCAGAUGUCACAGGCGCCUCUUGAGAAUGGCGGCCAUGGCAAUAGCGUUGUCUCACAGGUCACCAAUGAAUUCCGGGAAUACGGGACUGCGGAAGAAGGUGCUGAAAAGUCCUCUGCAAUUCACGGAGAGGUUAUAACGUGUUCUCCAGUUGGCAAGUCAAGUGAUCAGAUGUCACAGGCACCUCUUGAGAAUGGUGGCCAUGGCACACAUAUUUUCCCUAUUGAAAAAGAAACUGUGCAAUCGGUUGACAAACCAGAAACUUUUCUGACAGUUUCUCAGGAUUCAGAAUAUGAACAUCCACAAGGUAGAGAGGAUAAUGCUUGUGAUUCAGAAAUGCAGAUGGAAAACGAGAGGUGUGUUGGCAAAGCGUUUGAGGAAGUGGCUGGAGACAACGUUCUUGCAGGCCAGGAAACCACCUCAGAACAAUGUUCUGUUGCAUCUCAAAUGCCAGCUGAGAGAAAAUUGUUCUGGAUCACAGAAGAAGAUUCGACCGUGACCUUAACCGUGGAAAUACAUGCUGGGGCCUCCCAAACCACUGAGGGGGCCUGCACUGCAGAGACCCACAAAGGGAGUGAAACACGUGGUCAUGAACCAUUGGAAGAGCCAGGGAACAAAGUUGAAUGUGCUGCUGGUUUUCUUGGUAAUGUCUGGGCAGAGUUUGAGCAGGAAGCCUCUGUGCACGACAAAAUGGACCAGACCCCCGAGAGGAAGCUAUCAAAAGAGAGGGCUGUCAGCAAACAUGUGGAAUUUCAAGGGGUGGAAGUCCUUUGGAUACAAAAAGCUGAGGAAGAGAAGGGAGCCGGACGCUUGGAGGUCAAUAGCAUAGAAAAGAGAAGUUUCUCCAGCAUACCAAAUGAUGACACUUCAGCCACAGCCUCAGCCUCAUUGGUUGGUUUGCCCAAGAGCUGUUGGAGUAGAUCAUGGGAAAGCCACAGACCUUUACCUUCAUCGGCUGAGAGUGGAGAGGAUGAAGUCUUUGUAGAAGAAGGAGAAAAGAGUCUAGCUCAGUACACAAAAUCUGUGCUAGGCAAGGACAGGGUGAUGGAGGAGGAAGAAGCAGUCAGUGGAGAAAUGGAAGAUGACCUCGAGCAACAGCCCGACGAAGUCCCAAUAGAUGUGUACAGCUCGCAGUUUGAAAGCAUUCUAGACAGUGCCUCUUUAUCUGAUAGCGCCGCAUCGGAGGAGUCUUUGUAUUCAGAGCCUGAGAUCUCCUUCAGCUUUGAAAUGCCGCUUACUCCGAUGAUCCAGCAACGCAUCAAGGAGGACACUCAGUUUUUAGAAAGGCCUGGCAACAGGGAGGUUGAAAUGGGCCAUUGUGAUGGGAUUGCCAAUGGAUUAGAAGAUAUGAAGGAAUCAGACAUCAUGGAGGCAUGUCCCUUAGAUAGCAAAGCAAGAUUGGAUGGCCGGACACCACUGGAAGCCACAGAGGUGAUGGGUAGCAAUGACCUUUUGGAAAAAGAGGGGCACGAGGACUUGAACCACGAUCUUGUCAACGGCACCGCCUGCAACAAUGUGGAAGCAGCCCGGAGGCUGGCAAAGCGCCUCUACGAGCUGGAUGGAUUCAAGCGAUCUGACGUAGCGAAACACAUGGGCAAAAAUAAUGAAUUCAGCAAACUUGUAGCGGAGGAAUACUUUAAGUUCUUUGAUUUCACGGACAUAUCUUUAGAUAGCGCCCUCAGGUCAUUCUUCAGAGCCUUUUCCCUUAUUGGAGAAACUCAGGAAAGAGAGAGAGUUCUCGUUAACUUCUCUAAAAGAUACCACCAAUGCAACCCAAAUUCCCCCCCAACACAAGAUGAAGUCCACUGCCUCACAUGUGCAAUGGUGCUGCUCAACACGGAUCUCCAUGGCUACAACAUUGGCAAAAAAAUGUCCUGCCAAGAAUUCAUUGCCAACCUUCAGGGAAUGAAUGAAGGCCGAGAUUUCCCAAAAGAACUCUUGAAGGCUCUCUACAAUUCAAUCAAAAAUGAGAAGCUUGAAUGGGCAGUAGAUGAUGAAGAAAAGAAGAAAUCCCCCUCUGAUGGCACUGACGAGAAGGACAACACCAACCAGUCAAAGGCUGUCAAUCGCGUUGGCAAUUCCAACAAUCCAUUCCUUGACAUUCCUCAUGACCCCAAUGCUGCUGUGUACAAAUCUGGAUUCCUGGCACGUAAAAUCCAUGCUGACACGGACGGGAAAAAAACUCCACGUGGAAAGAGAGGCUGGAAAACCUUCUAUGCUGUGUUGAAAGGAACUGUGCUUUAUUUGCAAAAGGAUGAAUAUAAACCAGAUACGGCUUUUUCAGAGGAAGAUCUGAAAAAUGCCGUCAGCGUGCACCACGCGUUAGCAUCAAAGGCCACAGAUUAUGAGAAGAAGCCGAAUGUGCUGAGGCUCAAGACGGCCGAUUGGAGAGUCCUGCUUUUCCAAGCCCAAAGCCCAGAAGAAAUGGAGUCAUGGAUCAAUAAGAUCAAUUGCGUGGCUGCUGUUUUUUCUGCCCCACCGUUUCCAGCUGCUAUUGGUUCCCAGAAGAAAUUUAGCCGCCCACUCUUGCCUGCCACCACAACCAAAUUAUCUCAGGAUGAACAGCUAAAAUCGCACGAAGCCAAACUGAAGCAGAUCUCCACCGAACUGGCCGAGCAUCGCUCCUACCCGCCGGAUAAGAAGCUGAAAGGCAAAGAAGUCGAGGACUACAAGCUGAAAGAACAUUAUUUGGACUUUGAAAAAGACCGUUACGAAAUCUACGUGGGCCUCCUGAAGGACGGAAGUGGGAACCUGCUGACCACUGGUAAGAACGAUGGCCCGGGACUGAAGAAAUGCCAUUCAAGCCCUUCAUUAAAUCAGGAGUCUCCAGUUAGUGCCAAGGUGAAGCGCAACACCUCCGAGAGGAAGGACUAUAGACCCGAGACACCAAGUGUCAAGCAGAAGGUGACCUAGGGGCACCCGAGACACGCCGGAGGAGUAACGUAGUGCUUUCCCUCUGAUCACCUUUCCUUUGCGAAAACAAAUGAAAAUUAACACAUCUGCCUGAAUGGGGUGUUAGUGACAUUUUUCAAUUGUACAUUUUGUUGUUCCUGUACAGGUUAUUGGAGAUGUUUUUGGCUUCUGACUUGUGUUUGCUUAGUUAAUUUAUCUAUAGAGCAAUUAAUUCAAUCCUUUAAAAAAUAAUAAAGAGGGAGGGGCAAGGAGGGAGGUGGGAAGAGAGGCGGCUGUUCUCCAAGAGGCUGCGGCAUUGUGUGUAUCCCAAAGAGAGCAAAUAGAAGUUGUUUCUUGAAAGAUAGCUCGGAAUGCGCCUUCCUCCCAUUGAAAAUACAGAACGAGACAGCAGUCUAUCCAAUAAUUGUUGAACCAUUGCUGUAUGUCAUUCCGUUCCCUUGAGUGAGGAGGAAGCAUUGAAUUUUGCACUGGCUGGGACAUGGGGAGAAAACGAUAUCUGUUCCCAGGCAACAGCAGACCCGAAUGAUUUAAUCCCUUGGAGAAGAUAGGGCAGCAAGACCCCUAUGCCAGUGGGUCUUUGUGUUACAUCUGACCCUUGUAGGUAUUAUGGUUCUCAGAGGCAAUGGUGUACAAACGGCGGGACAAGGGAGAAUUUCAGCUGGUGCAGUAGGUUUGCAACUUUGAGAGAAAUGUCAUCCGUGAAGUUUCGCAUUCGAUGUACCAUUACUAGGCUUGAGCUUUACCAAAAAAAUCCAGUAAAAUUCUACUUUAAAAUUAUUAUUAAAGCUGAAAAAGCCAAA